AGCUGCUCGUUUGAAUGUAAAUUUUCCCCUUGGAGGGAUUGCUUCUCCUGCAUAUUCCUCUCUCUUUGGUUUGGGGGGGAUCAGGGGAAGAGUUUGGUCCUGGGGUACAGAUUGCCUCAGCCAGACACAAAGUGUGGCCACGGAACAGGAGAGAAAACCAGAGUCCAGCCCUCAGAUCCCAAUGGAGCUGGAACAACGGAUGCAGCCGGGUUUCAAAGUGGAGGGUCCAGAUGCAGCAGGCUUUGAGCUGGGGGAGGAAUCGGGGGGCUCAAGAAGAGCCCCUCCUGUCACCCGGAUUGAAAGUAUUGGGGGAUUUGUGCAGAGGAGGCCUGAGGGACAGGUCAAACAGGAACCAGGUGAGGGUUCACUUCAGCAGUGGGAAACCCAGUGGCAGGAGUUCUUGAAGACAGUAGAGUCCCCUCAUACAGGCUGGAGAAUUCCACAGUUGCUGGGAGAGCCCACGCCAUGGGAUGACACAAAAGCCUUCCUGGCCUCCUUUGAGCAGGUGGCCGAAGCCUGCCGGUGGCCCAAGGACGAGUGGGUGACCCAACUCAUGCCAGCCCUCAGUGGGGAAGCAGAGCAGGCCUUCAACACCUUGGCGGCCAAAGACAGAGAGGAUUAUGGGAAAGUGAAAGCAGCCAUCUUGCAAUGGGACACCCUCACUAGGGAGAGGUGGCGCCAACACUUCCGACAUUUCCGCUACCAGGAGGCCGAGGGGCCAAGAGGACUCUACAGCCGACUCCAAGAACUUUGCCAUCAGUGGCUGAAGGUGGAGAGGCACUCCAAGGAGCAGAUCAUGGAGUUGCUGAUCCUAGAGCAGCUCUUGACUGUCCUCCCACCAGAGAUCCAGAAAUGGGUGAGGCAGCAUGGCCCUGAGAGCUGCUCCCAAGCGGUGGCCCUGGCUGAGGAUUUCCUGCAGCUGCAAAGGGAGGCUGUCGAGAAGAGACAAGAGCCACAGGAGCUGACACCGGCAGUGGCCGACCCCCUUUCCAAGGCAGAUCAGGCUCCAUCGGACUCAGGGAUGAGGCAACUGUGUGGAGAGGCCAAGCAGGAGGUGAAUGAAGUAGAUACAAGCUCACACGGGGAGCAGCUGGGAGACGACAUGUGGGAUUGUGAACGUGAGGGAGAGCCAAGCAGGGUCUCAUCGGAAACAGCAGAGUGUGAAGAGACAGAAGAGAGUGUUGGGGAUACAGAAGGACCAGAGAGGCAAGAAGGAGAGCAACUGAUGGAGAAAUGGAAGAAAGAGCCUGUUGCUAGUGAUGGUGGCGGCACGCAGCCAAAAAAACACAAAGGAAAAAGAUGGAUUAAAUGUCCUGCCUGUGGGAAACUCUUUUGCCGUCAGUCUAGCUUUAAUGCACACUGGAGAGUCCACACGGGGGAGAAAACAAACUCCAGCUUGACUUUUGGGAAGAGCUUCAGCUGGAGCAUAAACCUUGCAUCGCAUCAAAGGAUUCAAAUGGGAGAGAAGCCAUAUCAAUGCCCAAAUUGCGACAAGAGCUUUUCUGAUCAGCCGAGACUUAAAAGACAUCAGAGAAUCCACACUGGGGAGAAACCCUACAAAUGCUCAUACUGUGGGAAGAGCUUCAGCCAGAGGCACCAUUGUGCUUCCCAUGAAAGAAUCCACACAGGAGAGAAGCCGUACCACUGCUUGGACUGCAGCAAGAGCUUUUGUACAAAAUCAAGCCUUAACGCGCAUCGGAGAAUCCACACUGGGGAGAAACCACAUAAAUGUCUGGAGUGUGGAAAGAGCUUCAGUAAGAGCACUAACCUGACUUCACACAAAAGGCUCCACACAGGAGAGAAACCUUAUAAAUGCUUGGUUUGUGGAAGGAGCUUCAGCCGGAGUGAACACCUCACUUCACACCAGAGAAUCCACACAGGGGAGAAACCCUACAUUUGCUCCUACUGUAGCAAGAACUUUUGCAGUAAAUCUAGCCUGAAGGCACAUCAGAGAAUCCACACAGGGGAGAAACCAUAUAAAUGUUUGGAGUGUGGCAAGUGCUUCCGCUGGAGCACCUAUCUUGCUUCACAUCAAGAGAUCCACAAAGGGGAGAAACCAUACAAAUGUUCAGAAUACUGUGGGAAAAGCUUCAACGUGAGAUCGGGCCUGAAAGCCCAUGAGAGGACUCACACUGGUGAGAAGCCGUACCAAUGCUCAGACUGUGGGAAAAGCUUCAGUGUCAGUUCCAGUCUGAGCGCUCACAAGAGGACACACACGGGAGAGAAACCGCAUCAGUGUACUCAUUGUGGGAAGGGCUUUGCUGUCAGCUCAGCCCUUAAGAGGCACUAUCGGAUACACACAGGCGAGAAGCCAUACGAGUGUUUAGACUGCGGGAUGAGAUUCUGUCAGAAGGCUGGCUUGCUAAUCCACCAGAGAAUCCACACGGGAGAGAGGCGCUGCCAGUGCUCUGUCUGUGGACUAAGCUUCAGUGACACCUCGGGCCUUUUCACACAUUUUCGGACCCACAAAGGAGAGAAACCUUACCAGUGCUCUGAAUGUGGCAAAAGCUUCUACCAAAGACGAGACCUCCACAACCAUCAGAGAAUCCACUUGGGAGACAGACCAUACAAAUGUUCCGAGUGUGGGAAAAGCUUCAUUGUGAAUUCUCGUCUUAAGAAACACCAGAGGAUCCACACAGGGGAGAGGCCGUUCCAGUGUCUGCAGUGUGGGAAACGCUUUUGCGUGAGCACAGACCUCAUAAUCCAUGAAAGGGCUCAUGCUGGAGACAAGCCGUACCAAUGCUCUUUCUGUGGGAAAAGGUUCUGCCGCAGCUCAGAGGUGGUAAGCCAUGAGAGAAUCCACACAGGCGAGAAGCCAUACAAAUGUCUGGAGUGUGGGAAAAGCUUUAGUGUGAGUUCUCGCCUUAGUACACACAAGAGAGUCCAUACAGGGGAGAGGCCAUUUAAGUGCAUGGACUGCGAGAAAGCCUUCAGUUAUAAAGCACAUCUUGUCACCCAUCAGAGAAUCCAUACAGGAGAGAAGCCGUACAAGUGCUCAGUGUGUGAGAAAGCCUUCCGUGCAAGAACCUCCCUUAUGACACAUGAGAGAAUCCACACAGGGGAGAGACCAUUCAAAUGCUUGGACUGUGGGAAAAGUUUCCUGAACAGCUCAAACCUUGUUAGCCACCAGAAAAUCCACACUGGAGAGAAAGUUCACAAAUGUUUGGUCUGUGGCAAGGCCUUCAGCCUUCGAUCCCGCCUCAUAGUCCAUGAGAGAACCCACACGGGAGAGAAACCAUACACGUGCUCCGAGUGUGGAAGGAGCUUCAGUGUGAGCUCGAGUCUCAUUGCCCAUAGGAGAACCCACACGGGAGAGAAACCGUACAAAUGUUCCCACUGCGCCAAGAGCUUCAGUGUGAAGUCUGGUCUGAUAGCUCAUGAGCGAACCCACACGGGAGAAAAACCGUACAAAUGCUUAUACUGUAGCAAAAGCUUCCGACGCAAUUCAGGUCUGGUUAGCCACCAGAGAAUCCACACUGGCGACAAGCCAUACCAAUGCUCAGUGUGUGAAAAAAGCUUCAGUGACAUAUCAAACCUCAUUACCCAUCACCGAAUCCACACGGGAGAAAAGCCGUACAAAUGCCUGGAGUGUGGGAAGAGCUUCAGCCAGAGUUCAUACCUCAAUAGCCACCAGAGAAUCCAUACAGGAGAAAAGCCGUAUGAAUGUUCAGAAUGUGGGAAAACCUUCAGUGUGAGCUCUCGCCUUCGGAAACAUCAGAGAACUCAUACUGGUGAAAAGCCUUACAAGUGUUCAUACUGUGGGAAGAGUUUCUUGCGCAGUUCAGAGGUUGUGAGCCACGAGAGGAUCCACACUGGUGAAAAGCCAUACCACUGCACCGAGUGUGGGAAAAGCUUCAGCGUGAGCUCUCGCCUUAGCGCACAUAGGAGAAUCCACACUGGAGAGAAGCCUUUCCAGUGUCCUGUGUGUGAGAGAAGCUUCAGCUACAAGUCUCACCUCAUAACCCACCAGAGGAUCCACACAGGCGAGAAACCGUUCCAGUGCUCAGUUUGUGGGAAGAGUUUCCGGGGGAGCUCCAGCCUUGUAGCACAUGAGAGGACACACACAGGGGAGAAACCAUACCGGUGUUUGGACUGCGGGAAAAGUUUCACUCAGAGCUCAAACCUCAUUAGUCACCAGAGAAUCCACGCAGAAGGGAAUUCCUGAACAUCUCCACAGGAUGAUCCAUAGGUCAUGUAGUACUUCCACCCCUCUAUACCUUUCCCUUUUUUAACAGGCCUCAGUAUUUUUACAAUGGCCCCCUUUUUUUCCUUGGGGAUGAGUAUUUCCAGCAGUCACAGGAGAACAGCGACUUCUAUUCCCAGAGCAGACCACCCCCUUAAAAAGAAGAGAGAUCUUGCCAGUUGAUGCGAACCGAGAUGCUUAGUUGUUGUUAAUUAUAGGCUGUGGGCAGAGAAAUACUUUCAGGCAGGUGACUCAAGGGCAUCUCCAUCCUGGUCUGGUUUUUUGACUCUUCAAAGAUGUUUCUUCCUUUCCAGUAUGAAGGAGACAGGAACCCUCCAAGACUUGUGCUAGACUGAGCAGAUUUAAAGAGAAGCCAUCCCUUGAAAAAUACAAAGAGAAACUUUUGCGGGGGGAGGGGGGAUUAUGUUUUUUUUUUUUUAAUCCAGCCGGCUUGGUUUUUAUCUCAGUGCUGCCUGUAAGCCAUCAAGAAUUCUACCGGCUCAUUCCUUCUCCAAGAAGAGACUGGUCCUGAUACUGCCCGGAUUGGAAGGUGCCAGGUGACUUCAGAUGCCAAGUUCUAGUGGAGUCCCUGGGCAAUGAAACAAGAAGGGGAACAGAUUGAAAUCUCAGUUUCGUGACCCAGUGUGUGAAAUCCCAGCUUCUGCUCUUGAAGCUGUUGAUGUUUCCCAGAGCCUAAGGUUCUGACUCUGGGAAAGUUUUAUGGUUUUAGUGUUAUGGGGGGUGGGGUCUGAGGACUUGGAUGCCUAGAAAGAAGAGUGAGCCGUGGCUGAAGAGAAGGAUGUAGAGGGAUUUUAAUCCAUUUGCUUUUCUGUCUUUACUAACCAAGUGCCAGGGCACGUGGUAAAAUUGUCUUUGGACUAUACCCCUUUAAUCUGAUAAGAGGACAAGGAGGUUGCACGUUGGAAUACUCCCAUGCCUCCAGGGUGAAGGGGAGACACUUCCUUAGUCUCAGAAAAAUAGGAUAUAAGAGAUGAGGCUAAGCUGAACAUUUCACCUUGAUUUGUAGUUUUUUGGUAGUUUUCAAGGCAGGAGACUGACAGAGGUGGUUUGCCAUUGCCUGCCUGUGCAACCCUAGUCUUCCUCGAAGGUCUCCCAUCCAAUUACUAAUCAAGGCUGAUCCUGCUUAGCUUCUGAGUUCUGACGAGAUCAGGCUCACCUGGGCUAUCCAGGUAGUUUUCUAGGAGCAGCUUAAUUAAUUUUUUUUCUCUAAGGGAUGUUUUGGUGGGAAGGCAGCAUGGUAUAGCCUGAUUUCAUCACAUCGCAGAAGCUAAGUAGGAUUAAUACUUGGAUGAGGGACCACCAAGGAAGACUCUGCAGAGGAAGGCAAUGGUCAAAACACCUCUGCUUCUCACUUGCUACUUUCAGUCGCACACAUUCCUAAGGGAUCCUUCAAGGGUGGGAUUUUUCCCUCCUGCAGAAAGUGGUAGAGUCCUGGGAAAAUUUACCACGUCAUUAUGCAUUCAUAAACUGGCCAGUAGUUGGGGCAGAAGAGUCUCUCUUUUUAGUUGUCAAUAGAGAGAAUUAGUUUUAAGUAUUUUUGUUGGGUAAGCCUGGCAGAUGCCAAUAGGAAAGAAAACCCCAAACCUACAAGACAGGCUGUUGGGAGAGGCAUGGGGAAUUCACUCUGAGUGAGUUUCUCAUCAUUAUUUUAAACUGGAAGUUUUACUGAUUGACUGCAAGUUUUUAAUCAUACCUCUAAUCGGCCUUGAGUCCCAGUGGGAAAGGUGAAGUAUAAAAGAAAAUAACUUCCAACCUAUCCCAAAAGGGGGUGAGUUUGUCUGCACUUCAAAGGAGGGUAUAUGUUGUUACGUUGCUUCGUGGGAAGCAAAUUCUGUUAAAUCCUCUGGGUCUUGGGACUGAAAUCAACGUCCCCUUUUCUCUGCUCAUGGGACAGUGAGGCAUAAUUCCGGGGCAUGAAAAAUCCGUCAAAGCGGGCCUCUGCAAAAUUCGAGCCUAGAGCUGACCAAAAAAUGUUGCUAUGGCAGGCCCCUCCUUGGCUGUUCUUUCUCCGUUUUCAAAACGUCAGUAAGACCGAGCAGUGUUUGAACUGAGCUUGCGCCCAUCAUUACAAGGUGGCUCAUCAUCACGUAAUGCUCACAUUUAAAUCAAAGGAACUUGCUCCUGGUUAGGGGCGUCAACUCCCCUGGAAGCGGAUCUUUCUCGAUCUUGCAUUUCGAGUACUGCGGCAACACUCAACAGCAAAUCUUCUCAAUUCAAGAAGGUACUGUUGGACUGUCUUUUGUCAAACAGGGAAGAUGUUUUGUUUGGUCGAGACUGAUGCCCUCUAGUGGAAGGAAAUCUAUUUUUUCCCCAUGCUGAAAUAAA